UAAUUCAGUACAUACAUGUACAUACUCAGUAUACCAUUGCGAGACUACGGGACGAUCGUGUCUGGUAUUAUCCGAAAGUCGUUCCCAGAUAGAUAAGCCAUUCUUUCACAUUCACUGACAUGGCAGGGAAGACGAUAUAUUGGAUAUUUGGACUAACGUCGUGUCUGAUAGCUGGAGUAGCCUCUCAGGCGUGUGAUGACGUAGAUAGCCAGGUGUGUCAGGGGUUCGCCUCCAAGACCAACGUCUGCUCAGAUCCAUGUCUUUCGAAAUUGUGUCCAAGAAUGUGCAACACUUGUCCUUACAAGUGCUACAACUGUGACGGCCUUUCCUCGCCCUCUCUCUGCAACAUCACACAGAUCUGUCCGGACAGGAAUUACUCCUGCAUUGUGACAGAAAGUCUGGGAUCCGAUUUCUCGAUCACUUAUCGGCAGGGAUGCGCCACUCAAGAUGUUUGUACCCGUCUAUUUGGAACCCCUGGCGGCGCUCCGACAGUAAUUGGGAAAAGGUCGAACCUUAACGGCGAAUGUUGUCAAAACGAUCUUUGUAACAACAACCGUCCAUUCAGAAAGAGGCAGGUAAAUCCCGGUAUGACUACAAUGAGACCACGAACGACAACUCCUGUGUUUCUCCCAAUGACGUCAACACCACCGAUGAUGAUGACAGAUACAAAGACACCUCCGCCAAUGAUGACGACUGUGAUGACAUCAUCUGCACCAAUGACGUCAUCAAUCUGUGACGAUGUUGACCAGGCUUCCUGUCAGCUACUUGCCACCAUUCGUAGAGACAUGUGUAAUGAUGAUUGUAUUGUAAAAGCCUGUCCAAGAACAUGCGGCAAAUGCGCUGAAUGUUACUCCUGUGAUCAUGUGUCAAGUCCUGCAAACUGCACUAACCACGCCGUCUGUGAACCAGGAGAGAAAUGCUACGUCUUGAAGACACUCAGUUUCAGCGGUGAACAAGGAUACAAACUGGGAUGCAUGCUUGACAGCGUGUGCAAGCAGUUUAACACUCAGGCAGGUAACGUGUUUGGUAAGAGGAAUGACCCCGUGGAACUAUCUGUAGAUGGUGACUGUUGUACAGGAGAUCUCUGCAAUCACGUGGCCCUGACCCAUGGGACGGGGACCGGGUUCACUACAGUGGCGCCACCUACUGGGGCUGGAUGCAAAUAUACAGCUGCUAACCACCAUUGUCCCUCGGGAUUCCAUGUGAUAGACGGUAAAUGCAUGAUGGUUGGUAUGGUGCAGUACACAUACUCACAGGCGCAGGCUUAUUGUCAAAACCACUGCUCUAUCUUGAUUGAGAAUUUCUCCAACAGAGACGCGUCUGCGAUCUCCUAUUUCAUUCAGUCACAGUUACGUGGUCGUUCCAGUUAUGUAUAUAUUGGAGCUAGAGACGCAAACCACGAUGGAAGUUACACGUGGAACCAGGCUGGUACUGAGGUAGCCCACUCUUCUACUCAAGUCCUCGGCAGAUACUGCCUCACCUUCUCCGCCAUAACUAAAGGAGUACACCCGGUCACGUGCUCCACUCACCACUACUUCCUGUGUCAGGCACAAUUCCAUUAAAAUAUGAACGACUC